AUGCACUAUGAUGCUCCGCCCUCAGAAGACAUUGGUUCUGAGAAUGAAGCUAUGAGCGAUUGUCCAGAACUUAUGACUACUACUCCUAUCAUCCAAUCCACAGAAAAACGGAACACGACAAAACAUCACUUUGGUACCCCUGGACUUGUGAAAGCCAGUGAUGGCACUAUCAUGCCAAUUAAAGAACUUUGCCUUUAUGAAAGUUAUCUGGAUGCUAUGAGGUAUGUGGAGGCUAACCCUCCUGAAGACACCGCCAAUCAGGUUUUUACGUGCUCUUCCUCACAACCAAUACCUACCGGGGAAAAAACUAUGGUAUCAAGAGUUAUCAAAUAUGGCUUAAUAAAGAAAAAUAAUGAUCCCAUCCUUACACUAG